GGCUUAUUGUUGGAAUCUUUUUAUUUAUUUUUUUCUUUUAAAAAACAUUUAACCAACUACUGAAAAUUCACCUUUUUUAUUUUUUCAUCACACCAUAAACAAAUUUAUUGAUCAAUCAAUUGAGCAGUUGGCUCAUUUCUUUUCUCCAAUUCAAAUUCACAACAAUCCAAUCAAUGCAUUUUUGCAAAUUUUCAUUUCUAAUACCUCUGCAAAACUCUGCUAAAACAUUCACUUCAUCUCUUUCCCUCUUCUCUACCUUUGAGUUCCAUUUAACCAAUCAACAAAGCUUUGAAGUAGAAGAAUUUGACAGAGCUUACUGGACCAGACGAAUUCAUAAGCUUUGUGCUAUUGAUGGAGAUGUAGACGAAGCUCUUCGACUUCUCGAUGAGCUUCGACUUCAGGGUUAUCAUCCUGACUCUCUCAAUCUCAGCAGCAUUGUUCACGCUCUCUGUGAUUCUAAACGAUUUUCCGAAGCCCACCGGCGAUUCCUUCUCGCUGUUUCUUCCCAGUCAACUGUCCCUGAUGAGCGAACCUGUAAUGUUCUCAUUGCUCGCUUGCUUUACGCAGCUAAUCCGCAAGAAACUGUGCGUGUUAUUUCCGCUUUGUUCUACCAGAAGCCCCAGUUUGUACCUUCGUUGAUGAAUUACAACCGUCUAAUCCAUCAGCUUUGUACUUUAGAAAGAAAUAGAGAUGCCCAUCAGCUGUUUGUUGAUAUGAGAAAGAGAGGACAUUCUCCUAAUGCUGUUUCGUAUACUACUUUGAUCGAUGGGUAUUGUGGGGCUGGGGAGGUUGGGGAAGCUGAGAAGCUGUUUGAUGAAAUGUCUGAGUGCGGUGUGAUACCUAAUGCACUCACUUAUAGUGCUUUGAUUAGGGGGAUUCUUCGAAAGCGGGACAUCGACCAUGGAAAACAACUGAUUAGGAAGCUUUGGGACGUGAUGCUCACUGAAGACGACAUGCAUGUAAACAAUGCAGCAUUCUGCAACGUGAUCAAUUGCUUGUGUAAGGAAGGGUUCUUUCAUGAAGUGUUUAAUAUUGCUGAAGACAUGCCUCAGGGUAAAAGUGUGGUUCAGGAUUUUGUAUAUGCGCAAAUGAUAGAUUCUCUGUGUAGAUUCGGGAGGUAUAAUGGGGCUGCUCGGAUAGUUUAUAUGAUUAGAAAACGAGGAUUCGAUCCAAGCUUAGUUUCAUAUAAUACAAUUGUUCAUGGUCUCGUCAAGGAAGGCGAUUGUUUCAGGGCAUAUCAGUUGUUGGAGGAAGGAAUUCAAUUUGGCUACUUGCCGUCAGAAUUCACUUACAAAUUAUUGGUAGAAGGUUUGUGCUAUGUAAAUGAUCUUGUUAAGGCCAAUGAAGUCGUCAAUAUGAUGUUAUAUAAGAAAGACAAUGACAAAACAAGGAUUUAUAACAUAUAUCUUAGAGCUCUUUGUGUUGUUGAUAACCCAACAGAGCUUUUAAAUGUCCUUGUGACCAUGCUUCAAACUCAAUGUCAACCAGAUGUAAUCACCCUGAAUACUGUUAUUAAUGGCUUCUGCAAAAUGGGAAGAAUUGAAGAGGCUCAAAAGGUUUUCAAAGAUAUGAUGAUGGGGAAGUUUUGUGCCCCAAAUGGUGUGACGUUCACAACUGUUAUUAGCGGGUUUUUAAAACUCGGGAGGGUUGAAGAAGCUCUUGAGUUAUUGCAUAGAGUUAUGCCUGAAAAAGGUUUAAAGCCCAAUGUUGUAACAUAUAAUGCAGUUAUCCAGGGGUUAUUUAAGUUACAUCGGAUAGAUGAAGCUAUGGAAGUCUUCCAUAGCAUGGUAAGUGGUGGCAUUGUUGCUGAUUGCACGACUUAUACUGUUAUUAUUGAUGGGUUGUUUGAAUCCAACAAAGUUGAUGAAGCCAAAAGAUUCUGGAAUGAUGUUGUUUGGCCUUCAAAAGUUCAUGACAGUUACAUAUAUGCAGCCAUUCUAAAGGGGCUUUGUCGCUCUGGUAAACUGCAUGAUGCUUGUGAUUUUUUAUAUGAAUUAGCAGAUUGUGGGGUUACUCUUUGUGUCGUCAAUUACAACAUUGUUAUUAAUGGUGCUUGCACAUUGGGAUGGAAGAGAGAAGCUUAUCAGAUUCUUGGUGAAAUGAGAAAGAAUGGACUAGAACCUGAUGCUGUAACAUGGAGAAUACUGGAUAAAUUGCAUGGCAAUGUGGAAAAACAGUUCCGCGAGGAUUCAACAUGCAAUUAAGUUGGGGGUUUAAGAUAAGCCGGUCAUUGAAAAUUUUUUAGUCUUAAAUAAAGAGUGAAGUGACUAAAUCAAAAAGCCUGAGGGCAGCAGUUGUCUCAGUUGUUAUAGAAUGAACUGUAUGUAUGUUUUCAUGAUAGUAGGAUGUCUUUGAUGGUUAGAAGCAGUACGUGAUAUUGCUUCUGCUACAUAUCUAACCUUGGAAACACGGAUGGAGGAAGCGUUGGACCCGACCAGUUAUACAAAAUCAUAAUUGAUUUACAGGAGAUUCAACAUUUGCAAGUAGCCAGGUAAAAAGAAAAGAAACUGCAACAUAACUAUGAAUAAGUCAGAGAAGUUUUCAGAAGGUGAUUCAUCAUAUCAAAUGGAUGUACUUUCGCGUGUAAUAUCUCUUCUAUUUAUUAGUCAUAGCCUCCGUGAUAUUUUUAAAAAAAUUAGACAUUCAUCUCAUUUAACUCAAUGAUCUGAUGUUUCAUUAUCUGAGAAUUACUUCUUUCAGUUUUUUGUUUGUUACUGCCUUGCCAAAUGCAUCACCCUGCCUUCAAUAUUUUAUAAAUGGAUAUUCAAUUGAAUAGAGAGCUAUUAUUCUUCUCACAUCAAAUCUGCAAAUUUGUCAUGUCAAUACUUUUUGACGUUAUAUGUUGAAGAACUUACACUCCAUGUUGAUGUAAGCACCCAGCAUUCCUAUACCUUGAAGCUUCUGUCACUUUCCUUAGCUAAAUAGAGAGGUAUAUAUUGGGACUAAAGACUGUUCAUCAUUUAUAUUAAAGUUGUUCCUUUUAUAAAAACCGUAACUAGCUGUUUUGAGGUGCUGAACAUGAAGAAGUAGCUUUACGAUGCAUCACUGUGUUAGUGCAGUUUUAUAAUAGCAGUAGAGCUUUAUUUUCAGUACUGCAAGUGAAGGAAUAACCUGCUGGAGAAUUACAAAAGGAGGAGAAAUUGAAUUGCUUCAGCUGCUAUACAAACUUUUCGACUGAAGAAGUCUUGUAAGUAGCUGUAGUCUUCAUUCUUAAUUUGCACCUUAGAGCCUUACUUUCAGAUUCUGUUUUUCAUUUUAUUUCUGUUGAAUGGUUAACUUAUUCCUUUACUCAUACAACCUCCAUUAAUGGUAUGUUCUCUGGAAAGAUUUCAUGUAUCGUUGCAUACAUAUGUGGUUCAUUGAGCCAUUUUCUGAUCUUCAAGACUUCUCCUUUCUGAAUGGAACUUCCCUAGAAAUGCUAUACAGACCAUAAAUUCUCAUUGCUUCACAGUGGCAGUCGCGUGUUUCUGUGCUUCAAUCAAUUUACAUGGUUGAGAUAAGUGCAUAACGUCUAACAUGAUAACUUAGGAACAUACUAAAAUUUAAUUUGUUACCUAAUAGGACAUUCAGAUCACAAUCAAGGAUGUGGAAUUACUGCAUUAACAGAAUGUAAUUUAUUCUAUGGGAUUUUGCUUUUGCAGCUCUUGUUUUGUGUCAUGGCAGGUCAUAUGAAGCUCAACACCAUUCUACAAGUUGUCAUCUUGUUUUUUUUUUAUGAACACAAACCACUAAUUUCCAACAAUUUACUCUCAACUAAACACAGUUCUACUAAUAAUCUUUAUUUUUGUGAUCUGUUGUUUAGUAGUUUUUCCAUUACAUAGAAUGUUGGGGAAAAUGACAAAAUGGUCCCUUAUUUUUUUAGUAGUAGAUUCAAAGUAGCUUUAGUAUCAAUUGAACAAUUUUAAUCCAUUAAAUAAUUACCCAUCUCGAUUGUUAAAUUUAACCGAAAA